AUGGCUGCCGUUGACCUCGUCCUUCGCCGUUCCACCCGAAUAGCACAACACCCUCAUCAUUAUCAUCAUCACCAUACAACUAAACGACGUCCUUUGAAUAACUUGGAAGAACUGCAUACUUCUUCUACAAGCGAGAAUGACGAGCUCACCCCACGUGCACUCAGAGCCCUCAAACGUCAGCGUCUAGCUCUUGACUCGGACGGUCUUCUACUACCUCAUAUAGAGACCAACCAUAGGAGAAAGAGACGUAAAGAGAAUGAUAAUACGAAUGUCGCUCAUGGUAACGUCGGCGAGGUGCGUCGACGCAUCCGCCAAGUACGAGUCAGAACCCGUGCUCAAAACGUGCCAAAGCCACGCCACAUUCCACCUCUAGCACCAACAAUCAUCGAUCUACCUAUACAACCAGUUACAACUCAAGAAUCCCUUCGUAAUGUCCUCGCGGAUCAACCAAGUAUUUUAGCGCCCAAGGAUCAUGACGAGCCUGCAUCAACGGAGCUCAAGUCGACAACGGAGUCAAAACCCACGACGGAGACCAAGUUGUCGACGGAGUCAAAACCAACGACGGAGACCAAACCGACGCCGUCGUCGACGCCACUCGACCUUGACUCUUUAAUCCCAUUAGAUCCUUUACCCGAAUUCCCUCCAAAUGACCCAUCUUAUACCAACUCUUCAGACUUUGUGUCAAAUCCGACAUUUUCCCCUCCCGCAGAUUUAAAUCCUUUCUCUCCAAAUACAAUCCCCUUUCCAUCAUCCCAGCCCGGUCCUUUCGGGUCGAAUUCAUUCCCAACCUCCUUCUCCACUGGCUUCUCUCACCAGUUCAUCCCCCAACCCGAUUUUUCUCACUCUGAAGACAAUGCCUUUUCAAAUACAGCAUUCCCUGACCAAGAGUAUACCAAUGGAUACAACCAAUCCAACGGAUACCCCCAACAACCCACUUUCUCGCAACCAAACUCGUUUGACUACACACCCGCCCCACAUCGCGAUCGAGAAGUCAACAUCUGGAAAUUAGCAUGUCAAGAACGAGUAGAAUUCUUACUUCGUCGUUACGGCACAGACACAAUCAAAGCCCUUGUCGCAUCCGAGGCACGCGCCACUUUCCCCUCCCCAUCCACCCACUCCUCCAACACCCGCUUUCGUCUCUACACACCCGCUUCCUACCUCGAACGCGCAAGCUACACCUACAAGUCAGCUGCAUUUGAAGCUAUUGAUUUUGAUAUGGAUGACGAAGAGGAUGAAGACGAAGAUUUGGAUGAAUGUGACCUUUCUGGUGACUAUGAUGAUGAUUAUGAUGAUGACGAAGAAGAUGCAGAGGGUGAAGACGGAUUGUUUUCGAUGGAUGUUGAAGGUGCCAAGGCAAUUGUGACGCCUUGUGUCCCGGCGAUUGUGACUCCUACGGUACCGACUGUUCCGUCAAUUUUGCCACCGAUAGCGCCUACACCGCAGAAACAGGCUACAUCACCUCCGAGAUCUACAUCGCCGCCUGGGCGGUCUUUAUUGGACACGAUGCCUAUUCCACGCCCUUUAUGUGCCUCCCCGCCGUGUUCCCCUCCACGUCGAACGCCCUCUCCUCCGAUUCCCCAGCGUCUUUCUACCCCUACAUCAACGACCACACAAACGCCUUCCUCAACCCCCGCAUCUCCCUCAACACCAACACCCCCACCACCGAUACACUCACCCCAAACGCCACCUCAAAUACAUUCUCCCACCCUCCCACGCACUCCACCCCUUUCCUCCCUCCACGUAACCCUCCUCUCCGAGCCUCCCCGAGCAUUCAUGGGGCGUGGCACUCCUCCUGACAGGAGGCGGCUGAGCGAGUGGGGGAGGUGGGGAUGUGUGCAAGUAUAUGGGAAGAGCGGGGAGAGGAGACGGCUGAGCUUGGGACAUGGGGGAGAUCAUAUGCAUCUGCAGCCCAUACAGUGUGGAGAGAACCUGGGUAUGGGUAUGGAGCAACUGCGCAAAGAGGAUAUAGCGAGGCACGAGAACCCACAACCACUGCAGCUCACCGAGCACCAACCUCCACACGCACCCCAACAGCAUGAAGACCCACAUCCGCAUCCCAACCCCCACGAAGACCCACCUCACACACAUGCCCACGCCCACGCUGUACCAGGCGAAUGGACGAGUUUCUUAUUCGCAAUGCUUGAAGGGGACAGGACGGGAAGCGCGGGGUGGUAUGAGCUUGGAGCGCAGGGUACGCAAGGGGGCGGCGAGGGCAUGGGUGCCGAUGGUGUGCCGCAGAGUAUGAAUAUGGGCGUUUUAGGAGGGGCACAGGGUAUGGUAGGGAGUUUAGGAGGGACGCAAGCUGGAUUAGGCGGGACGCAGAGUCUCGGUAUGGGGGCACAGAGUCUAGGCAUGGGCGCGGGCGGGCAAGGAAUAGGAAUGGGCUCGAUGACGCAGCCAGUUUCCAUCGGAGAAGCGGAUAGUACGCUGAGAUUUGCGCUUGGGUGA